AUGAGUGUUCCCGAGGACCUCUUUCCAUUUGCACCCAUUCCUAAGGAAACCGCGGACCAUUUCUCCUUGACAUCAUGGUGCAAACCAAUUCUCAAUGACAGCUCCCUCUACCCCUUUUCAUUCGAGUCGCGAAUCCUAAAAGGAGAUACUGGGGAUACGUUUACAGCUAUUACCCUUCAAACACUCGAUACUGUUCCUUACUACCAAGCCCUAUACUCUCCACCUACCUCCUCGCGUCCCUUUGGUGAGGUUUUAUGUUUGAUGAGUUUGGGUACGCAUGUUAAUGGCCAUAUCGAUACUGCUCAUGGCGGAUUCAUUGCGGCGAUGCUAGAUGAUAUGAUAGGUUGUGUAGCAGAAAGCUCCAGAGCAAAAGAUGAAAAUACCUUGACGGCGUAUCUCAAUACCACAUACAAAAAACGGAUUGAAACACCCGGGGUUGUAUUAGGGAGAAGUUGGGUGGAGAGAAGAGAGGGAAGGAAGCUUUUUGGAAAGGGUACCAUUGAGAAUGGUGAAGGAGUGGUGCUGGCUACUGGAGAUGCUUUGUUCAUUAUCGUGGAUAAGAUAAAGGCUGGAGUGAAGUUGUGA